CUCAACCCCUGGCCAAGCUCUGGUCGCAGCUUUUUUUUUAUUGGCAGAAAAGAAAGUCGCAACCCCAUCCGUGAGCAGUCUCACACAUUCGGGCCAGAGCAAAAUGGCAUCAAAAACGGCAGCCAAGCGCAGUUUCGCGCGACCAUCGAGCAAGGCAGUAGACCCCGCUCUCGAGGCACUGUUCGCAACGAGUGCUGGUCCGGUCGACCCAACUCGGAGACCGCGGUAUUCCGAGAGAACAUCGCAAAAUCCGGACGAGGUGGUGGACAGUGAUGUCGCAUCGGGCCACUCACCGGAGUCUAGUAGUGACGGCGAAGAUGAAUCCUCUUCCCCUGGAGGCUCUGAUGCCGAGUCUGAUGACGAGAUACGAGCCGCCUCUGCACAGCCAGCUGUCCCAGAGAACCCCAGCCGCAAGCGCAAAAGGCAACAGCCCGAUGCCCAUGAUGAUUUAGAGAGCAGGUACUUCCGCCAACUCGCCGACGAUGAAGACCACACCCCCAAAGCCGCGAGGCCUGAGCACAGCGAGAGUGAUGCCAAUGAACUUAGCCCUGGGGGCUUGGUCCACGAAUCUCUAUUGCCUAGCUCGGAGAAGUCUGAGCUCGACAAGGCCGCAAGGACAGUGUUCCUCUCCAACGUCAGCACAGAGGCAAUCACGUCGAAGGCAGCCAAAAAGCAGCUGCUUGCCCACCUGUCCUCUGUGUUCAAGAAAGAUGCAUCACCUCCUCAAUCGAUCGACUCACUCCGGUUCCGAUCGGUGCCCGUCGCGACGGCUGCCAUGCCCAAACGGGCCGCCGUCAUCACACAGGCGGUCAUGGAAGCCACCACCAAGUCCGCGAAUGCGUACGUUGUCUACUCUGAUACUGCGGCCGCCCGUGUGGCCGUUGCGAGUUUGAACGGCACUAUUGUUCUCGAAAGGCACCUCCGAGUCGAUAGCGUCGCCCACCCGGCGCCAGUGGAUCACAAGCGGUGCGUGUUUGUGGGUAAUUUAGGCUUCGUUGACGACGAGACCGUCAUGAAUACCACCGUCGACGAUGAUGGCAAGGAAAAGACGGAAAAGCGCAAACGGACAAAGGUUCCCAUGGACGUUGAGGAGGGUCUUUGGCGCACCUUCGGGAAGUCCGCAGGCAAGGUUGAGAGCGUGAGGGUUGUGCGGGACCAGACAACGAGGGUCGGCAAGGGCAUUGCUUAUGUCCAAUUCUAUGACGUAAACUCGGUCGAGUCCGCUUUGCUCCUGGAUGGCAAAAAGUUCCCCCCAUUGUUGCCUCGCGCCCUGCGCGUGACAAGAUGCAAGGCACCUCAUAAAACGCUGCGGGCAAUCGAUCGUGCCAGCAAGACCAAGGCCACUGCUCUUGCCAAUUCCCGGGCAAAGAGCACAAAAUACGUCCGCAAGGUCACGGUUGAGGAGCGGACGGGCGCUGGCCGGGUCGGCAAACUACUUGGGCGUGCCGCAGCGUCUCGCUCGGGAGGCUCAGAGAAGUCGCGCGCCCACAAGGGAAGGAAAGGGGAUGCGGUGCCGUCGACUGCUUUGCUCAAGACCCCUGAGGAGAUUAUCGAGGGGCAUAGAGCAAGUGCCAAGGAUGGCAAGCCGAAGGACCUAAGGUUCAAAGGUAGCAGGAGCAAGAAGGAUAAGCAGCCUGCUUCGGGAAAUCAGAAGCGGCGCGCCCUCCGAGCGGCAAACUGGAGCAAGAAGGGGUCCGGGUGACCAUUGACCUCGUGGUCAAACCCUAGAACGAAGUAUCGAGGUGGACGGAAUAGACACGGCCAGGUACUGAAGAAUUCUAGAUGGGGAGGCGAGGGAAUAGAGGUAGUUACAUAUGACAUACACUAGCUCUAGCUGUAGGUUCGCCAGAAUCUCAACCGGGGCACCUGCUCAUUCAGCUUAGUGGGUUGAUUGUCCACAAGUUACCACACCCAGCGCAAAACCAAGUCCAAGUCCAAACCUCGGU